CGCCUCCGGUUGAGGACGGCGCCCCAGCGCGGCGGCUGUGCGGCCCGGAACCGGCGGCGGGGAGCCAGGCCUUCCGUGAGGGGAGCGCGCUCGUCUGCACCCCGCCGCAGCCUGCACCCAGCCGGGUCGCCCCGGGCUCUGCGGACCAGGUGCGGGCGUCGGGGCGGGGUCGCCGUCUCUUCUCAGGUGUCGCCGCCGCGCCGCGCCGCCGGAGGCCCCGCCAUGGCCCAGCAGAGAGCCCUGCCGCAGAGCAAGGAGACGCUGCUGCAGUCUUACAACAAGCGGCUCAAGGACGACGUCAAGUCCAUCAUGGACAACUUCACCGAGAUCAUCAAGACCGCCAAGAUCGAGGAUGAGACACAGGUGUCGAGGGCCACUCAGGGUGAGCAGGACAAUUACGAGAUGCACGUUCGCGCCGCCAACAUCGUCCGAGCCGGUGAGUCCCUGAUGAAGCUGGUGUCUGACCUCAAGCAGUUCCUCAUCCUCAACGACUUCCCGUCGGUGAACGAGGCCAUCGACCAGCGCACCCAGCAGCUGCGAGCCCUGCGCGAGGACUGCGACCGGAAGCUCAUCGCCCUGCGGGAUGAGGUCUCCGUCGACCUGUACGAGCUGGAGGAGGAGUAUUACUCGUCCAGCUCAAGUCUUUGCGAAGCUAACGGCCGGCCUCUGUGCGAAGCGUACUGGAGGCUGGACCUCGACACAGACUCCGCCGAUGGCCUCUCGGCCCCGGUGCUGGCGUCCCCGGAGCCCAGCGCUGGCCCCCUGCAGGCUGCGGCCCCUGCCCACUCCCAUGCCAGCGGCCCUGGCCCCACGGAGCACGCCUGAGCCUCCCAGUGCUCCCCUCCCUGCACCCCUAGUUUCUGAGGAGGUCUGGUGUUCCCUCCAGGCUCACCACAAUUUUGCCUCUUUUAGCCUUGCUUCCCGGAAGUUGGGGAGCUGCGGUGGGCUCCUUGGGAGCUUUGGCCCAGGGUCUGCCACCUGCCCUCCUCCUGCCAGGAGUCGUUCCCCCAGCCGUUUCCAAGGUGGCCCACCUCCGAGUGGUCACCUCUGUUCAUGACCCUCCUGGCCUGCUGGGCAAAGUUCCUGGACAGUCCUGUGGGCCCCAGGAGUGGGCCAGGAGGAUGUGCUGCUACUUAAGAGCUGGAGGUGGCGCUCAGAGUGCACCAUACUGGCCAAGUCCAGACUCCCUCCCAGGGCAGGCCUCCUGUGCAGAGCCACACCCACUGGCUUGUCCUCAGGGUCCCUGCACUAGCUGACUGUCCCCAGGGGCUGUGGUGGCAGGGAGAGAUCAGCCCGCCCACUUUUGUGGAAACCAGGACUGGGACCCUCCUAAUUUCUGCCAUCUGUGUUUUGAUAGUUUUGUAAUAAGACAGUUGAAUAAAAACAGCUCUGCCCGUU